AUGUCUCCAGCACAAGAAUAUUGGCUUCCUGGCUAUGGACUCUCACGGCACAUCGUCCUCAGUAAAAUGCAGUAUUUCCUCGGCCCGACCGCUUCAGUGAGGCCGUACAGCUACCAGGGACGAGAAGGUUAUCUUGUUACCGGAGCGCCCCUCACGAGAACACAAAUCGAUGAUUUGAGGAAGAUGUCGCAAGUCUACGAGCAAGAGGCGUCCAUCAGAAUGGCGCAGACAUCUGGGUUGACCAUCAACGAGAAGUCAGACGACGAACUCAACGAACCUUUCAUUAAUCAUCCCGUAUACGUCGGUCGACGUGACAAUCGCGAGCGCGACCGGGUUCGAGAGCGGGAUGGUAAACCAUACCCAAUUGAUCGAUAUCCGAGAAUGAAACGGUCCUGGUGAUCAUAUGAUGACUUCACAGGCCUGCCUACAACGCAUGGCUCGGAAUUUCAUUUCAGCCCUGUCUAUCUUUACUUAUUCAGGCGCAUCGCUAUUUCAGCCGAUGCACAACAACCUCUGAACAUAGUUCAGAGGGCAACAGAUCCCCCUCUGUUACCAAGGGGAUUUACUAAUCCGCCCUUGAGGUAAAAAUACCAGCAUGUUUUAAUAGUUUCUCUCUUUUCCGUUUCGGGUGAGAAUUGGCAUUGAAAUUAUUUUAGAACGGCGCAAUGUCGGAGAUCUCUUUCUGGACAUACCCCUUCCUUUUUGGAAUCACUGUGCAUAUUGUAUAUCCCCUUUCUUGCCCUUUUCCUUGUUGGGUUCAUUUCUGUCCCUUGUUAAAUACUGUGCGCUUCGAGCAGAAUUCGGACAAAGAUUUUCGAACCUCUGUGGUCCUACCGUGCCCGUUUGUUAUAUCGCAAUAGGCUCCAGUUGCCUUCCCUCGAUGCUUGCAAAGUGCAGCAAGAGACUAGACGAAGUCGUGGAAAAACAGCACACGCAGGAUGUAUAUCCUAUUCUUCGUAUAUCGAGUCAACCGAGUCUUUUCAAUUAAAACGCCCAGAGGAAGGGCCAGGGCGGCC